CCUGUAUCUCUACAGACUGGGCGUGGCUCCACAGAUCCAUGACCUCUAUGGGAAAGUCAAGUUUACAGAGGAGGAGAUCAACAACAUGAAGUUGGAAUUGGAUAAAUAUGGGAUCCAGAUGCCGGCGUUUAACAAGAUUGGAGGAAUCCUGGCCAAUGAGCUGUCUGUGGACGAGGCUGCAGUCCAUGCAGCAGUGAUCGCCAUCAACGAAGCAGUGGACCGAGGAGAAGUGGGUGUGACCACAAGGGCUCUAAGGAAUCCUAACGCCAUGCUGCGUAACCUACAGGAGGCGCUAAUGAGUGUCUAUCAGGAGAUGCUGCUUCAGGCUAGAAGAAGAAAAGCUGAACGAGCAAGCAGUUGGUGUGCAGGUUCAGAAGAUAAAGACAUGUAUGAAGAGUUUCUGACUCAGAGAGAAAUUCAGAAUAACAUCAACGUCGUUAACGUGCGUUCAGCUGUGGAGCAGGUGGAUGAAGCUCUGGACUCUGCAGAUGAGCUGUCUCUGCUGUCUGCUCUGCAGCUGCCAUGUUUGGCCCUCAGAGGCCUCCGUACUGACAACGGCCCCUGGUACCUGGACCAGCUGUCAGUAGACCGCCAGCAGAGGGCGCUGGAGGGCUGCCUUGAUCCUCUGGACCCUGAUGACCUGCAGGACAGCAUCACCCUCGCCAAUGAAGAGGCCCAGAGAGCCAGAAACAUGCAAGCAGCCGUGCAGAGUGUCAAUGCUGCGUUACGUCGCAGUGACCCCAGACACACACUCAGCUGUCUGAUGACCUCUGACCUCCAGCUGCCUCAGGUGUUUCCUUUUGCUGCUGCUUUGUAUCACAGAGAACUUCAGCUGCUGCAGAGACAGAGUGGACAGGGGGAGCUGCAGCAGGAGGAGCUCUUCGUUGCUGUGGAGAUGCUGUCAGCUGUCGCUCUCAUCAAUCAGUCUUUGGAGGCGGGAAACCUGCAGCAGUUCAGCUCCUCAUUGGUCAGUUCAUCUGCAGGACUCUCUGAUGUAGAUGACACCCUGCUGGACAGGUACUUUGAACACAUGGCAGGUGUGAAGCAGCAAGGGGGCGGAGCUCAACUCACUUGGAAUCAGCUGCAGGAGGAAAUCAACAGCGUCAACAGCUCGGUGCAGGACGCACAACAGAAUCUCGUAGUUGUGGGUGUGAUUAACAAGGCUGUGAUCAGAGGAGACAGUCAGCAGCUGCUCUCUGCUCUGCUGCUGCCCUCUUGUGGCCUGGAGGACGUUCUACCUGACAACGCCCGUCGAUACCUGACGCUGCUGAGCAGAGCACGUCAGCACAAAGCUCAGGUGAGCAGAGACCCAGGAGCUGAGCUGUGUUUGGCUGAUAUCCAGGAGGAAGUGAGGAGAGCCAAUCAACAGAGUCAGAGAGCUUUGAAGUUGUGUUUGUCAGUCGCAGCAGUAAACCAGGCAGUGAAGGAGAACAGAGACUCUCAGACUCUUCGUGUUUUGUCUUUACCUGAUCUUCAACUUCAGGGAAUCAUCAGAGAAUGUGCAGCGGAAUAUCAGAGACAACUACACAACCUGAUCACACACAAGAUGGACACAGGAGACAACAGAAGUUCCUGGAUUCGAGUCCGUACGGACGACGGCUCAUUGUUUUACUUUCACCUGAACCGACUUGAGGGAACCUGGGAGCAACCGGACAGCUUCACGCACAACAGUGUGUUCAUGGACAGACACGACAUACAGGACGUUAUCAGCAGUGUGUCGGGUUUGUACAGUCGCAGCGCCCUCUGGAGGAGCAGAGAAGCCCUCGUUGUUCAUCUGCAGGCUGCAUGUCGAGGGUUCCUGAUCAGACAACAGCUGGAGGCUCGACAACGUUUCCUGAUCAACCACACCCCUGCUGUCGUCAUCAUCCAGUCUCAUUGGAGGAGGUUUGUCCAGCAGAGGGCGUACAGACGGCGGCUGCAGUUUCUCUACAUGAACUGGAGAGCCGUCGUCAAGAUUCAGUCAUUCCUGAAGAUGUGGCUGAUGAAAAGAAAAUAUCGAGCACGACUGAGUUUCUUCAAACGUAACGUGAGUCCU